CCUUUACCAUUUGCGGACGGUGUCAGGCUGCGAGUCUCUCCCUCCGCUCUCUCUCCUUUUCAUUGCCCACCUCGAUCCCCCCCACCACCAUUUUUUUUUAUUCCUCUUCCCCCCACCCCUCAGGGGAACAGCCAUCGAAGCAGCAGCGGGCUCCGUCCUCCCCUGGCAUCAUCGGGGUGAAAUGCUUGAUUGUAGGGGGGCUCGAUGCCUGAACUCACUGGGGGUCCUGAUCAUCUCUCCAUCCUUCUGUCUGUGAGUCGGAGGGUCUUCUGUCCCUCGUUCCCAAAGGACAAGGGCCGGCUGCAUCCCGCAGGACCCCCGGGCAGCGUCCUCCACGAGCCGACCGAUGUGAAGUGAGUGAUCCGUCCCGGCGCACGGCGUGAGCGAGGAUGCGUGGGACACGCAAACACUUCCCCCACAGAUGGGCGCACGGACCCUUCCUUGCCUGCUGGUUAUCCAUUUGCACCGCUUCUACGGUCUUCUCCUGCCCCACGUCUUGUACAUGCAACGCCAGAAGCCUUGAAGUGGACUGCAGCGGAAGAGGUCUCACGUCCGUACCGCCCGAUAUCCCCCAGGACACCCGGAUCCUUCUGCUCCUCAACAACCGUCUUGGUUUUCUACCAGGAGGAUCCUUUUCCAACCUGAGCUCGCUCCACCGCCUGGACCUCUCCAACAACUUCCUAGACCAGCUCCCUUCGCAGCUCUUCGGAGACACGGGCAACCUCACAGAGGUACGCCUGAGAAAUAACAGCAUCCGUAGCCUGGACCGAGACUUCUUCCAAGGAUUGCACCUUCUACGUAGGUUGGACCUGUCUCUCAACGGCCUCUCUCAGCUGCCUGCUGGACUUUUUGAUGAGCUGCUGGGGCUACACUGGCUGUCCUUACGUUCCAACCGCUUACAGAAUUUGGACAGGAUGACUUUUGAGCCUCUGAGUAGCCUGGAGAACAUUCAGUUGGGCGACAAUCCUUGGGAAUGCGACUGCAAACUGCGGGACUUCAAACACUGGAUGGAGUGGUUCUCUUACAGAGGCGGUAAGAUAGAUGAAUUACAGUGCACUCUCCCCAAGGAGCUGCGUGGGAGAGACAUACGCAUGGUUCCCAUGGAGAUGUUCAGUUAUUGCUCCCAACUGGAGGAUGAAAACAGCUCUGGCCCUGCUGAUAGGCCAGUUCCGCCCUGCACCAAGGAUAGCCCCGCCCCCUCGGAGCCAGAACCCAGUCCAGACUGCCCACAGAAGCAGCGGUAUCGGCCUGCUAGCGUUCGGCGCGCCAUCGGCACCGUGAUCAUCGCCGGAGUAGUCUGUGGUGUGGUCUGCAUUAUGAUGGUAGUGGCGGCGGCUUACGGAUGCAUUUACGCCUCGCUUAUGGCCAAGUACCACCGAGAGCUCAAAAAGAGACAGCCAUUGAUGGGGGACACUGAGGGGGAACAAGAGGAACAAAGGCAAAUCUCAUCUGUUGCAUGAGGGCAAUUUGUUAUGUACCCCCAAUAUAUAACGCGCGUGGUCCUCUGUGACCCCCUCCAACAUCACCGCACGGGGAUCAAAAAUAUAUAUAUUCUAGCAAAUUCUAGUGUUUGCAAUAAACAAAAGCACCCAGCCUUCUACGCCA